UAGUAGAGGAGGUGUAGUCUGUAGUAGAGGAUGUGUAGUCCGUAGUAGAGGAUGUGUAGUCUGUAGUAGAGGAUGUGUAGUCGUAGGAGAGGAUGUGUAGUCUGUAGGAGAGGAUGUGUAGUCCGUAGUAGAGGAGGUGUAGUCUGUAGGAGAGGAUGUGUAGUCUGUAGUAGAGGAUGUGUAGUCUGUAGUAGAGGAUGUGUAGUCUGUAGUAGAGGAGGUGUAGUCCGUAGUAGAGGAUGUGUAGUCCGUAGUAGAGGAUGUGUAGUCCGUAGUAGAGGAUGUGUAGUCCGUAGGAGAGGAUGUGUAGUCCGUAGUAGAGGAUGUGUAGUCCGUAGUAGAGGAGGUGUAGUCCGUAGGAGAGGAUGUGUAGUCUGUAGUAGAGGAUGUGUAGUCCGUAGUAGAGGAGGUGUAGUCCGUAGGAGAGGAUGUGUAGUCUGUAGUAGAGGAGGUGUAGUCCGUAGGAGAGGAGGUGUAGUCUGUAGUAGAGGAGGUGUAGUCUGUAGGAGAGGAUAUGUAGUCUGUAGGAGAGGAUGUGUAGUCUGUAGUAGAGGAGGUGUAGUCUGUAGGAGAGGAUGUGUAGUCUGUAGUAGAGGAGGUGUAGUCUGUAGGAGAGGAUGUGUAGUCUGUAGGAGAGGAGGUGUAGUCUGUAGGAGAGGAGGUGUAGUCUGUAGUAGAGGAUGUGUAGUCUGUAGGAGAGGAGGUGUAGUCUGUAGGAGAGGAGGUGUAGUCUGUAGUAGAGGAGAUGUAGUCUGUAGGAGAGGAUGUGUAGUCUGUAGGAGAGGAUGUGUAGUCUGUAGUAGAGGAGGUGUAGUCUAUAGUAGAGGAGGUGUAGUCUGUAGGAGAGGAGGUGUAGUCUGUAGGAGAGGAUGUGUAGUCUGUAGGAGAGGAGGUGUAGUCUGUAGUAGAGGAGGUGUAGUCUGUAGGAGAGGAGGUGUAGUCUGUAGGAGAGGAUGUGUAGUCUGUAGGAGAGGAGGUGUAGUCUGUAGGAGAGGAGGUGUAGUCUGUAGGAGAGGAGGUGUAGUCUGUAGUAGAGGAUGUGUAGUCUGUAGUAGAGGAUGUGUAGUCUGUAGUAGAGGAGGUGUAGUCUGUAGGAGAGGAGGUGUAGUCUGUAGGAGAGGAUGUGUAGUCUGUAGUAGAGGAUGUGUAGUCUGUAGUAGAGGAUGUGUAGUCUGUAGUAGAGGAGGUGUAGUCUGUAGGAGAGGAUGUGUAGUCUGUAGGAGAGGAUGUGUAGUCUGUAGGAGAGGAUGUGUAGUCUGUAGGAGAGGAUGUGUAGUCUGUAGGAGAGGAGGUGUAGUCUGUAGGAGAGGAUGUGUAGUCUGUAGUAGAGGAGGUGUAGUCUGUAGUAGAGGAGAUGUAGUCUGUAGUAGAGGAGGUGUAGUCUGUAGGAGAGGAUGUGUAGUCUGUAGGAGAGGAUGUGUAGUCUGUAGGAGAGGAUGUGUAGUCGUAUAGUCGUAGGAGAGGAUGUGUAGUCGUAGGAGAGGAGGUGUAGUCGUAUAGUCGUAGGAGAGGAUGU